AUGGCAAACUAGAUAGAGCAAUUAGUUCAAGAACUUGCUGCUAAGGAGGAUAAAAUUGCUAAACUAGAGGAAGAAUCCAUACAGCAAAUUAAAUGCUUCAAUAAUUAGUUAAAAGAUUUUCAUAAGUUUGAGACUUAAAGAAAUAUAUUCGAAAAUAGAGCAAUACUAAGUGGAAUGAACAAUUUAAGCAAAGAUUCAAUAAGAUAAUAAAAUUAUCAUAAGAUUUCGCACUUUUCGGCUUAAUAAUUCGAUGAUUCAUUCUAUGCAAGCGAAGGAGAAAUUUAAAAAGAUUUGUAAGUUUUAUAAGGGAGAAGAUCGUUUGAAAGUAAUUAAGAACAAAAGAUUUAGAAAGAAGAGUAGCAAAGAAAGAUAAAAGAAGAGAAUGAGUUAUUUUAGAUCUUUAUGGAAAAUAGACAAAAAGUCGAGAGAGAAGCCUUGGAAAAAGAUAGAUAGAUAAAAUAUUAAUGGGAGAAAUAGUAGUGGGAGCAAGAAGAAAACAAUUUAAUGAUGACAUGGAGAUUGCUAAGAAGUUGCAAGAAUUAGAAGUAGAAUAAGAGAAAAGUGAUUAGAGGAUGGAUAUUAUGUUUCAAUAGCAUUAUGAAUAAGAAUCCUCUAUCAUAUCGCUUUGAGGAACAUAAAUAGCCCAAAUAAAGAUAAGAGUAAGACCAGAUGAAGCCUUUUUAAAAUAAAAAUGCUGAUUAAAUUCAAAGAAAUGAUAUUAAACCAAAACAGCAGUAGCAGAUAUAGUAAAUCAAUAGAAACUUAGAUGAUGAAUACAUCCUUCCAAAUAGUAAUAUUGGUUUUGCAGUGUCUGAAAUAGUUCAACCCUGCGAUAUUAAUUAAAUCAGAGAGAGAUUAGGCAAGAAAAGUAGCUUUCAAAAAAUCUUUGAAGGAGAUAGCUAAAUAAAGAACUAGCAACUUAUAAAUAAGUUAGAUGGCAAGAAAAAAUUACUUCUACUUGUUCGUGCAAAAAGAAAUUAUGAUAAUGAAAUUAUUGGAAGAUUUGGUGCCUACAUUUCAAUUCCAUUUUAUAAAUAGCAUGGCGAGGAAGAAUAGUUUUUUGUUGAUCCUGAAGCUUUUAUUAUUUCUCUUGAUAAAGGCAUGAUCUUCAAUUAAAUCAAUAAGAGUCAACAAAAUAUUGGCUUCAGCUCUAAUUCCAUUCUCAUUUUCGGUAAAUAGAAAGAGGGAAGCAAAUCACCAAAGAUAUAAUCAAUGGAUUUAUUCCUCAGAGACUCUUAUGGUGUCAAAAAAUGCUCAAGCAACCUUGGUUCAUCUUUUGAAAUUCCUCAAGGCAUAGACUAAAAAGAAGGUACAAAAAUUCUCACUGGCCUGCUUUUAUUCUCAAUUGAUAGAAUAGAAGUAUUUUAGGUGGGGAACUGA